AUGAUCUCGUCGCGCCAGGAGCUGCUGCUGGCUCUUCGCGGCCAGCCACGAGAGCUCGCAGCGAAUUCGAACGCUUCGCCGCGCGAUGCUGCCUCUUGGACCCAGGCAGCACAUUCGCCGUUCGUUUCAAAAGACUCGUUUGAUCCAACGGACGAGCUGCCGUGGGUGGAGAAGCUCCUCCAGCUGGCAGCGUGCGUGGCAGCGAUCCACCGCUUCGCCCGCCGCCUCCUGGACGCCCGCAGCGCCGCCAUCAGCGCCGCCGCUACAGCCUCUCUCGCUGCGUCCCUCCCAGCGUCACUCUCAACCUCAGUCGCAGCGCCUCUCUCAGCCUCAGCACCAUACAGCCUGGCUGGAGCGGCUGGGGGGAUUACCUCAGUGUCAGAGAGUGGACGGGAUGCGUCGCACAGGGUGCUGGCAGGAGCAGCAGCGGGUGCGAGUGGUUUGCAGUGUGCGUUAGCUACGUGUGUGGAGGAGGAGGCGCUGCUGCCCUACACACACGAGGUGGACCGCCUCUUCUCCUCCCCGCCCCCCGUGCGAACCAUCUGGGCCAAGCUCUCCGUGUAUGAACAACUGCUGACAGGCCUCGUUAGAGUCACAUCCGCCAUAGAGCAACACAACCUCACAGGCGCCCACCUUCUCCGCUAUCUCGAGCAGGAGAGCAGCUUCGGGCCCUGCCUGCUAUCAGUCGCUCUCGACACGGGCAUCCGCCACUGUCAGCGCGUGUGGCUGGGGCAGCUGGCGCACUGGAUGGCGUUUGGCACCUUGCCCCCCGAUGGCGGCGCCGAGUUCUUCAUCACCAGCAUCAAUGAGGUGGGACGGAUGGUUGUGUGUGGUGGGGCGGAUGGGCGUGUGGUGGGGCGGAUGGGGCGUGUGGUGGGGCGGAUGGGGCGUGUGGUGGGGCGGAUGGGCGUGGGGUGGGGCGGAUGGGCGUGGGGUGGGGCGGAUGGGGCGUGUGGUGGGGCGGAUGGGGCGUGUGGUGGGGCGGAUGGGGCGUGGGGUGGGGCGGAUGGGCGUGGGAAGGGCCGCACCAAGCACGCAUGGGACGAGCAGCGGGUGCAUGAUGUGGUGGAGGCAGCCAGGAAACGAGCAGCGCACCGCCUGUGGCAGCUGGUGGUGAGGGAGAGCGACCUAUUCGGUCAUCUGCACGCCGCGCAUUACAUCCUGCUGGGCGGAGGGGGCGCCUUCAUGCAGAGCGUGUGGCAGUCGCUGAGGGAGUUGCUGGCACAGCCAGACGUGAGGGCUAGGGUUGCCAACGACAAGCUGCAGCUGGCCGUUGAGAAGGCAUCAGCAUGCAUCGUGGAGGAGACGACUCUCAAGUACUUCCGCACAUUCUCCUUCAA